AUGACUCCUUCUGUCUUCCUGGUCAUCCUGUUCUUGGGAGAUGUAUCAGGUGCUUCAGCAUUUGAUCACAGUUUGGAUGUCGAUUGGCAAGUGUGGAAGAUGAAAUAUGAAAAAUCAUACACUCCGGGGGAAGAUGUAAUGAAGAGAGCAGUAUGGGAAGAAAAUGUGAAGAGGAUUAAACUGCACAACAUGGAGAAUUCCCUGGGGAAGAAUACCUUCACCAUGGAAAUAAAUGAAUUUGCUGACAUGACUGAUGAAGAAUUCAAGGACAUGAUAAUUGGGUUUACAUUGCCAGUUCACAACACUGGGAAAAGUCUCUGGAAACGUGCACUUGAUGCUUUGCCCAAAUUUGUUGAUUGGCGAAAUGAAGGCUAUGUGACUCCUGUGAGGAAACAGGGAAAAUGUAAUUCUUGUUGGGCUUUUCCUGUGACUGGUGCCAUUGAGGGACAAAUUUUCAAGAAAACAGGAAAACUGAUCCCACUGAGUGUACAGAACCUAGUGGACUGUUCUAAACCUCAAGGCAACAGAGGCUGUCUUUGGGGUAAUAUGUACAAUGCAUUCCAGUAUGUUUUACAAAAUGGAGGUCUGGAGGCUGAAGCAACCUAUCGUUAUGAACGAAAAGAUGGACUAUGCAGGUACAAUCCUAAGUAUUCAGCUGCUAAAAUCACAGGAUUUGUGCCACUCCCAGAGAGUGAAGAUGUCCUAAUGGAUGCUGUAGCAACUAAAGGGCCCAUUGCUACUGGAAUUCAUGUUGUCCCUAAGAGUUUUAGGUUCUAUUAUGGAGGUGUUUAUCAUGAGCCAAAUUGCACCAGUUCUGUGAAUCAUGCGGUUCUGGUGGUUGGCUAUGGAUUUGAGGGAAAUGAAACAGAUGGCGAUAACUACUGGCUGAUCAAGAACAGCUGGGGUAGACGAUGGGGAUUGGGUGGUUAUAUGAAGAUUGCCAAGGAUAAGAACAACCACUGUGCAAUUGCUUCAUAUGCCCAAUACCCUACUGUUUGA